AUGUCAGAUUAUACACAUAUUCCAUCUUCCGAUGAUGAUACAUCGAGUCACAAAGAUGAUCAAACAGAAAGCGGAAAUCUUUUAGAAAGUGGUCACAGCCACCAAAACGGCCAGCGUCCUAUCUGGCCCUACGAUAGAAGAAAAUCUCUUAUAUAUGCUAUUAUUUUAGCUUUUGUCUUUCUUCUAUCUUUGAACAUCAUUCUGGCUACAUCCCUAUAUCUAAAGACCCGCGACUCGGGUAACAGAUAUAGCAAGUCACAUCUCAACCCCGUCGAGACGACUUAUUUUACAACAGACAAUGAUUGUGCUCGGCGCCUCUCUGCAUAUACUCCUGCAUAUGAUGCCAUUGAAUACGUGGAAACCGAACUCUACGACGCUUUUGGGGGGGAUGAAUACAUCGGUCGGCCGACUGAGCAGACGGAGAAGGCCUGGAGAGAGCUCUGGCAACAUGAGGCCGUCCUAGUUGAAGACUGGGCAAUGCCGAUACUGAACCGUACCAAGACAGAUCUCAAAUCCUAUGAAUACAUUCAAACCUUCGAAUCUUUCGGCUAUGCUGCGUGGCUGAAACUUUAUCAUCAGCUAGCAUGCUUGGACCUGAUUCGGCAAUACACAUGGUUAAUAACCGACAACUUCCCAACGGAGCUUAUUCCUGAAGAAUUAAAGAAAUCUCCAGAAGAGAAUCGAAUGCAUGUGGAUCAAUGCAUAGAUACGCUCCGCAUGAGCCUGAUGUGUCUCGGUGAUACCACCCCUAUGAUGAUCACGAAAGAUCGAGAUAUAAAAUCUGGAUAUAGGGGAGAUCUCAAUGGCCAUUCCAAAUGCCGCAAUUUCUCAAAGUUGCUGGAGUGGACAAAAGAUCAUGGUAUUGAGCACUGGGCAACUGACAGUGACUUCCACAACCACGGUGAUCGGAGCUAG